UCCUUUGAAAAGACUUCCUGUUGUUUCAGACAAUGGAUGAGCAGUCACAAGGCAUGCAAGGACCUCCUGUUCCUCAGUUUCAACCACAGAAGGCCUUACGACCGGAUAUGGGCUACAAUACAUUAGCCAACUUCCGAAUAGAAAAGAAAAUUGGUCGUGGACAAUUCAGUGAAGUUUAUAGAGCAGCCUGUCUCUUCAAUGGAGUACCAGUAGCUUUAAAAAAAGUGCAGAUAUUUGAUUUAAUGGAUGCCAAAACACGUGCUGACUGUAUCAAAGAAAUAGAUCUCUUAAAGCAACUGAACCAUCCAAAUGUAAUUAAAUAUUAUGCAUCAUUCAUUGAAGAUAACGAAUUAAACAUAGUUUUGGAAUUGGCAGAUGCUGGCGAUCUCUCCAGAAUGAUAAAGCAUUUUAAGAAACAGAAGAGGCUGAUUCCUGAAAGAACUGUCUGGAAGUACGUCGUUCAGCUGUGCAGUGCAUUGGAGCACAUGCACUCUCGGAGAGUCAUGCAUAGAGAUACAAAACCAGCUAAUGUGUUCAUUACAGCCGCUGGAGUGGUUAAACUUGGAGAUCUUGGUGUUGGUCGGUUUUUCAGCUCAAACACUACAGCUGCACAUUCUCUAGUGGGUACACCUUAUUACGUGUCUCCUGAGAGAAUACAUGCAAAUGGAUACAACUUCAGGUCUGACUUCUGGGCUCUUGGCUGUCUACUGUAUGAGGUGGCUCCAUUACAAAGUCCUUUCUAUGGUGACAAGAUGAAUUUAUACUCAUUGUGUAAGAAGAUAGAGCAGUGUGACUACCCACCUCUCCCUUCAGAUCACUACUCAGAGGAACUAGGACAGUUAGUUAAUGUGUGCAUCAACCCAGAUCCUGAGAAGCGACCAGAUAUCACCUAUGUUUAUGAUGUAGCAAAAAGGAUGCACGCAUGCACUGCAAACAGCUAAACUCUCAAGAUCAUGAAGAACAUAACCAAAAUAAUUUAAAGUAUUUUUGUGCAAAUCAUACCCCCCCCCCCAAUAUUGUCUGGGUGUUACAAGGAAUAUUUCAGAGCUCACGUGCUUUGAAUCCUUAACCAGUUUUCAUAUAAGCUUCAUUUUUCUACCAGUCUGAACCACCUUGCAAACCCAAACAAAUGACUUUGAUAUAAUUAUAUUACAUGUUAGAAUGACAAGUGUAACAUGAUAGUUCUCAGUGGCUAAAGAUUUUAGAAUUAUUUGGAGUUUUCUGCUGAUGAAUUGUGUUCUGAUGUAUUGUCAGUGUCAAAUACUGAAGCUCCACCUCAACACAUAGAGAUGCAGACCUGAGGAAAGUCACCCUUUGGCUUGUUGGCUUUUAGCCAGAUUGAAGUGAACAUUUGGUGGGCUUUCUUUCUUUCUUUCUCUCUUCCUUU